AUGGCGUGCUGCCACAGCGAGAAGAAGACCAACUCCAGCAGCCUCCCCGUCUCGCCGCUGCUACGCAGUGCACUUCUGCUGCUACUGCUGCUUAUUCUCUCGCCUUCGGCGCGCGCUGUCACGUACGACGCUAGCGCUGAUGGCGACGGGUUCGAUCUUUAUGAAGCCAUGGACCUGGCUCAGGCCGGCGAUACGGUGAACCUCCAAGACGGCACCUACGACAGCGCCCUUGUAUCGGUCAGGGACGGCGAGUUCGGCAGUCCGAUCACCGUGUCCGGCGGGCCGGGGGCCAUCAUCAAGGGAUCCUACAGCAGCCGCUCCGUUCUCAUCACACACAGCUUCAUCACGCUCAAGGGAUUCACCGUCGAGGGAAAGAUCGGAACUUCGGACACCGACGAGGCUUCUUGGGUGAACAAGUGCGUGUACGUGGAAGGGCCCGGGUCUCAGUCUUCCGCCGUCCUCGACGGGUUCGUCAUGGAGGACAUGAUAGUCCAGAACUGCGGGGGAGAGUGCGUGCGCCUGAAGGACUCCGUGAUCAACGCCCAGGUCAUGGGGAACACCAUCUCGAACUGCGGCGUCCACGACUACAUGUUCAACUCGGGGGACAAGAACGGAGAAGGGGUCUACAUCGGCACUUCCAGCACCCAGUGGACGAACGGGGAGGACACGUGCAACGACAACCUGGUCUCCGGGAACCGAAUCUCGACGAGCGGCAACGAGUGCGUCGACAUCAAGGAGGGUGCCUCCGGCAACGUUAUCGAGGACAACAUCUGCAGCGAGCAGCUGGACGCGGAAUCCGGCUGCUACGACUCACGGGGCGACGGAAACACCUUCCGGUACAACGUGGGAACGGACUGCAUGGGUGCCGGCGUGAGGCUAGGCGGGUGGGAGGUCGACGGUCACCAGUACGGCGUGGGCAACAGCGUGUACGGCAACGACUUCAAUGCCGUCGGCGAAGGGGCCCUCAAGGUGCUCGUGGGCGAGCAGGGCGACAUUUGCGGCAACACGUGCGAGGACGGGUCUUGCUCAUUGGUCGGCGAGGAUGAUGACGUCGACUACUACUACGGCGAGGAGGAGGAGGAGGAGCUCGACAGCGACGACGACGAUGACGGCGGGUCUGGCUUCGUCACGCCGCUGUCCGAAGACGACGACGAUGGCGGCGAGGAGGCGCAGGACAGCGAUGACGACGAUUUCCGUGUCUCCGCCGACGCCGAUUCCGACGACGACGACAACAACGACGACCACAUAGAUGAUGAUAACGUCUACUACUACUACGGCGAGGAGGAAGAGAAGCUCGGCAGCGACGACGACGACGACGACGACGACGACGACGGUUCUGGCUUCGUCACGCCGCUGUCCGAAGACGAUGAUGAUGAUGGCGGUGAGGAGGCACAGGACAGCGACGACGGCGACGAAGGCAGCAGCAGCAGCCGGAGCAGGUCUCGCAGGGGAACAGACGACGAUGAGGAAGCCGCCACCGCCAGCACCACCGACUCUGACGACUCUGACGACUACGGUGACCGUUUCGACAGCGACGACGACGAGUCGGAGCGGCGCGAUCGCCGCCGCUUGAGGGGCGGCGCUGGCCGGGCCUCCUAG